AUUCAUGUCGUCGAACAAAUAAUAAGAGCGGAAGAUGAAUAGAUAUAGAUGUGAUGUGAUUUUUUUCUAUUCCUUUUUUUUCUUUCAUUGAUCUUACCAUUGCAAAUGAUGAUAAAGUGAAAUGGAAAGGCAAAAUAGGCGCCAAAUUUAGCAAUCAAGAACAUUUCCUGAACAUUGAUGAUGAUGAGAGAAAAUAAAACCAUCACAUACACAUGUGCUGCUCGAUUUUUCGGUCACCGAAAAUUUCAUCCGGUUGACAAUGAUAUAUAAUAAUGAUAAUGACAAAAAAAUUGUUUUUUUUCAAACAUCAGUUCCAGAUAAAAAUUAGAAUUGAAUGAUGAAUUUUUGGACAAAAAAAACGCGUGGUUCAUAGUGACAGACGACACUAUCGUUUUGUCAUAAUCGAUUAUCAUCACAUGACAGGCAUGAUUUUAGAAUUUUUUCAAUUUGUUUUCGUUUCUUUCCAUUUGUAAUCGAAAUGUUAUCAUGUUGGUUCCAAAAUGAUGAAUAUUGUGCCGAAAGAAAUCAGCUACGCACCAGCUGCGUAUCGAAUGCUUCGUGGUUGUUUUUGUUUGUAUAAACCACCGAAAAAAGGAUUCAAAAAAACUCGAUUGGCAUUAACUCAAAAAGUAUCCGAUGAAUUGAAUGCAAUGGAAUGUCGUUCACCUCGUGAACGAAUCGAAAUAAUUGGCGAUUUAGAUUCCGAUUUGAAUGUUGAGAUUCGUUCUAAUUUAGCCGAUCAUCCAUUAGUUUCGGGUCCAAGAUAUGAUCCUAAACAAAUAGCCUUGAUGUUUACCAAUAACCCAGGAUGGUAUGCCAGUGGCGUUAUGGUUGGUUUUAUUGGAUCGGAUGCUUAUAAAGGAGCCGGAUUUAAACGUUAUAAUCUUCCAAAGUUAUAUGAAAUUAAAGGUGAAUUUGGUCUAGCAUCAUUGAAUUACCGUGAUGAUGGAAAAGUACGAAUGAAAUCAUCAUAUAAGCAUAUUCAGGAAAUAUUUUAUGAACGAAUUCUUUCGAAAAUUGAAGCUGCUCAACGUUCAUUAAUGUUCAAAGUUGCGAAUGUUAAUAUUCAAAGUGAAGAUGCCUAUCAAAUGGCCGUUAAAGGCCAUGUUCGUCCAGCUACGAAAGAAACGAUGCCAUUAAUUACGGCCAUAAAACCGAUUACGUUUGAACCACCGAAUUUUAGUUUUCAAGUUCAAUGUCAAAAUGAAAAUGAACAUUUCCUUGCCGAAUUGGUCAACGAAAUUGGUAUUGCAUUGAAAUCUUGUGCACGUUGUACCGGCAUUCGUCUGAUACAAUAUGGACCAUUCACUAUUGAACAGGCAUUGCUACAAAAACAUUGGACAUUGGAAAAUCUGAUAGAAAACAUUCAUGAAUGUCAAAGGAUUUUGAAUGAAUAUGAAAAACAAUUUCAAAAAUAGUGAUAAAAUAAGGCUAUUCUUUCUUUCUUU